AUGUCAUCAGACCAAGCACAGACUGACUGUGAUGAUAUUCCAAGUGCUGUGACUAAUCAAACGGAUAAGCCAAUGGUCAAGAAACGUUCUCGUAAUAUGCCUUUGCAUAUUAUCACGUCAAUACCUUCGAAACCGUCAUCUAAUAGUGCGGUUGAGGACCCGAAAAGCAUUCCAUCAACUUCUCAGAUGGCAUCAGCAGCCACAUAUGAUGCAGCCACUCAGCAUACGUUUGUUGUGAGUGAUUUGGAAAGACGCAUACGCGACAGUGCACGCUUGAAUAGUAGCACGUCAACACCAGUGUCUGAAUCCAGUAACUGUAGUAAUUCGCUGACGGGUAGCAGUUUGACGUUGACACCCGACCCGCUGAUCAUAUCAAGUUUGGAGAGUUCAGCACGGACAAUCGCGGCCAAUUUAGACGUUUUACUGAGGGAUUUACGUGGAUCUCUACAUGGUAUGAGCGAUCUGACGGUUGAGGCGUCUGAGUGUUAUGCCGAU